AUGGAGGUUUUCUCGAAGCUGUUGCAAUCUAGAUACUCUUCAGGUUACAUCGCCUACCAUCCCAACACGUCUGAGCUAGAUAUCUCUCACCUGAUGUUCGCUGACGACGUCAUGAUAUUUUUUGACGGUAUGAGCUCUUCUUUACAUGGUAUCAAUGAGACGUUGGAUGAUUUUGCUGGCUGGUCAGGUCUUCAUAUGAACAAGGAAAAGACGGAGCUCUUCAUGGCAGGUUUGAGUCUUAAUGAAUCCGCAUCCAUUGCUUGUUACGGAUUCCCUAUCGGCUCUUUCCCCAUAAGAUACCUAGGCCUUCCCUUAAUGAGCAGGAAGCUGCGGAUUAACGAGUAUGCCCCUCUUGUGGAGAAAAUUUCUAAGAGUUUCACUACUUGGUCGAUUGAAUCUCUCUGCUCAAGAUUCCUGUGGUCAGGCACUAUUGAUAUGUGCAACAAAGCUAAAGUUGCUUGGUCUACGGUUUGCUUACCUAAAGCGGAGGGAGGUUUGGGUUUGAGGCGUUGCAUAGACUGGAACAGAGUCCUUAAUUUGCGUCUCAUUUGGCUGCUGUUUUCUUCGAGCGGCUCACUCUGGGUGGCUUGGCAUAAGCAUCAUAACCAUAACGACGUCUCUAAUUUCUGGAUGCAGAGUGAAAGCAACUCACAGUCUUGGACUUGGAGAAGUUUACUAAGGUUGCGUCCUCUAGCAGGAAAGUUUCUAAGGUGUACCCUGGCUGCUCCAAGAUCAGAAAGGGCAUUGGCGCUCCAUAUUUUUCUAUCGACAAUCGCUCUCCCUUUAGACCCACUUAAAUGUGACUCUUACCACUGGUACGUUAAAGACCAGAAUUGCCAUGGUUUCUCCGCGGCUAAGACUUGGGAAAUAGUAAGACCAAGAGAAGCUGAGAAGUCUUGGUCCGCCUCAGUGUGGUUCAAAGGAGCUACGCCUAGAAACGCCUUCACAAUGUGGAUAGCCACUCUUGAUCGGCUGCCAGUUAGAUCGAGAUUGGUCGCCUGGGGUUUGCAGGUUUCGCCAGUGUGUGUUUUGUGUUCCUCCCAGCCCGAAUCAAGAGAUCACCUCAUGUUGUCUUGCCACUUUAGCUCCACUAUAUGGCGAGAAGUCAUGGCAAGGAUAGACCCAUCUCAGCCAGACUUCAGCUCUUGGACUGGCCUCCUCACGUGGACUUGUGGAAACAGCAACAACUCGCCAUCAAUGCUUCGCAAGUUAGUGACCCAAGCGGUGGUGAACGGUAUUUGGAAGCAGAGAAAUAAUCUCUUACAUAAUUCUGUCUCGGUUACUCCUCUCUGUAUUUUCAGAGACUUAGACAGGCACAUCAUCAACACGAUCAAUGCAAGAAGGAGUCGUCGUGAUUUUGAGAAUCUCAUGAGCCAUUGGCUCCGAUAA